UACUUCGCUAACAGUCGUCACAGACAGAGUGUGCGCUUCCAUUUCUUUUGCGACGACGUGCCUCUCUAAACACCAGCUCUUCUCGUUCUGUCCGUAAAAGACAAAGAAACAUGUCCGACGAAGGAAAACUUUUCGUCGGUGGCCUGAGCUUCGACACAACAGAAGAAUCUCUGGCUGAAGCUUUCGCUAAGUAUGGUAACAUUGCAAAAGUUGAUGUCAUCAGGGACAAAGAAACAGGAAGGUCUCGUGGAUUCGGCUUCGUAAAGUACGAUAAUGCCGAGGAUGCGAAGGACGCUUUGGAUGGCAUGAACGGCAAGUCCGUUGACGGCAGAACAAUUCGUGUGGAUGAGGCGGGCAAGGGUGGUGGUCGUUCAGGAGGCGGCGGUGGUGGAUUCAGAGGGUCCAGAGGAGGUGGUGGAUAUGGCGGUGGAGGUGGAUAUGGAGGGGGGAGAGGAAGAGGUGGGCGAGUUUACUCGCGAGGUGGUGGAGGAUAUGGUGGUGGUGGUGGUGACAGGGGAUAUGGUGAGAGGAGCUAUGGCGGCGGCGGAGGAGAUCGGAGUUAUGGUGGCGGCGGAGACCGGAGCUAUGGAAGUGGCGGUGGAUACAGGAGCGGUGGUGGUGGUGGCGGAGGAGGAUACUCUUCUGGUGGCGGAGGAUACAGGGACAAUAGGGGCCAGGGAGGCUACGGGGAUCGCUCUGGGGGAUCCUACAGAGACAGCUACGACAGUUAUGCUGCUCACGAGUAAAAAUCUGCCCCCCGAUUCAAGAUCAUCCCUUGGCUGGCUGUAUUUAAAAAGAUGCGCUCCUCUC